AGACUACCGGCAAAUGAAUCCUGAACCCACGUACCAGACGCUGACAUCCGUCAACGGGAGAAUGUCACCGCCAGGUUACAGCCCAAACUCCUCCUAUGCAACGUUAACGCCUCUACAGCCUCUGCCGCCCAUAUCGACAAUGUCCGAUAAGUUCGCUUAUGGUGGUCAUACGGGCAACGUGUCCGGCACUUUCACGGUCAUGCAGAACAACUCUAUGACCAGCAUGAGCCUGGGGAUCGGCGUAACGAAUGUCAACACCAGCACGCCUUACACAAUGACCAAUAUCGGUAUGACGCCCCCACAUUCGUACUCGUCACCUAGUAUGGGCAUGCAACAGCAAUCUAGUCCAAUCAGUCCUCAGAGCACAUAUAGCCAAAACGGGCUGCCUUCACCUCAGAAGAGCAUGUCUCCUCCAGGAUAUGACUCUCCUUACGGUAACCAAAGGGACAUGGUGCCCAGACUCCACAGUCCCAACCUCAGUCCACCAUCGGGAUCGCUUAACUCACCGGAUGGCACCUUGGUCACCAGCUUUAGCUCGGCAAACCUGAACGGACUCGGACUUCAGAAUCACCCUCCAGCUUUGGUGCAGAUUACUGCUCCGCAAAGAGACUGUUCGCCGUCACCUCCUGUGGUGACGUUGCAGAGUGCAACGACGAUAUCGCAUCAAGCGCAGCAGCAAAAUCAACAGCAAGGGAUGAUUUCUGGGAAAGCGUCUGGUCAAGGGACCCUCAGUGUACCUGCCAUUGCUGCGGACGUUGAGGAGAUCAACACCAAAGAACUGGCUCAAAGGAUCAGCGCCGAACUGAAGAGGUACAGCAUUCCGCAAGCCAUCUUCGCCCAGAGAGUCUUGUGCAGGUCGCAAGGCACUCUCUCUGACCUCCUUAGGAAUCCAAAGCCUUGGUCCAAGCUGAAAUCUGGAAGAGAAACAUUUAGGCGGAUGUGGAAGUGGCUACAGGAACCUGAAUUUCAAAGAAUGUCCGCACUCCGACUAGCAGCUGCGCAGAUACCCCAGAGAGGCAGCUGCAAGAGGAAAGAGGAUCCUUCGACCACUUCGGAUCAACUGCCUACACCGAAGAAACCCAGGCUGGUUUUUACAGACCUACAACGCCGUACACUGCAGGCUAUUUUUAAGGAGACAAAGAGGCCGUCAAAAGAAAUGCAGGUGACCAUCGCCAGGCAACUGGGUUUGGAACCGACUACAGUGGGCAACUUCUUCAUGAACGCCAGAAGGAGAUCCAUGGACAAAUGGAAAGACGAGGACCCGAAGAACCAAUCACAGACCAUCAUCCAUCAGCAGAUGUCUCCAGGAAUGGACCAUGACGAUAUGGAUCAAGAUGGGGAUAUAGACAAUGAUAUGGAGGAACAUGAGGAUUGCUUGUGACAUGCAUUUCGUGAUCGACAACUUCUGUUACUGUGACACUUCGUUUAAGUGUUAUAUUUUCUAGAACAAUCAGAUGUGUAAUAUUGUAAAUUGCUGGAUGGGUCGGCCUGAUACUACCAAUCUGAAUCUUAGGACUCCAUUGUCUGGCCGAAUACACUGCUGGCAAAUGUUGUUUCCUCUUUUAGAUUUCAAUGUCUACGAGAAAGAGAGACAGAGUAGUAAGAAGCGUGUUAGAAAGAGUGCCCUCGAUAAGCAUAGUCACCACGUUGCCUGGCAACAACCGUGAAGGAGGGCGUGGAGUAACUGUAACUCCUCCCCCACUGUAGUUGCCAGGCGCGCAGCGCGGCUAUAACCCCGCCUCUACUGUCGUUGCCAGACAACGGUAGUGCAGGAGGACGAGGAGCGUGGCUGGAACUCCGCCCCCAGUAUCUCUCUCAUUCGCAUCGAAAUCUAAAAGGGAAAAAGACUGGCCAGCACUGAAUAAGUUUUAAUUUGUCUCUAUUGUACUUGAAAAGGGCCACAGUGAUGGCCUAAAGAGAAAUUAAAACAUAUAUGUUGUUUGAUUCGGAGAGAUAAUAUAUACAUGACAAGUUUCAGGAUUACAUCAAAUUGAAUCUCCCGAAAGUAAAAUUUUCCAAUUUACAGGGUGAUUCAAGAGAACCUGGCAGGAAUAUAGAUCAAAAUAUAAAAGUGCAUAUAUAGAAAUAUCGUAAAACGCCCUCUUACUAAAACACGGGGUGUUGAAGUUGUAGUUUUCAAAUCUUCUGAAUAAAUAUAUCUUUGGAAUGGAUUAAACUAUACUGCCACGCAAAAUUAACCGGUCAAACGAAAUUUUGCUCAAAUUAAAUUUGAAAUAAGUUUUUAACCUUUGCAUCAAUUUCGUUAAUUUUUUCGUCAAGUUGUG